UCUCAGCCCUACACGCUGCUCCGUGUCUUAGCUACCCUAGGUCUCUCGUUCGACUUACAUGGAUUCACGAUGACAGAUGCCAAUCCCGGCUCUGAAGCGCCGCCCAAGAAAAAAUCACUGUUCAAGAAAUCAGCAUGGCAGCGCAAGCAGGAGCAGGCGCAAGCCGGAGGGGAAGCCGAGCGGGACAUGUUCAGCCACUCAAACGACUUCAAAGACAUUGUGGCCGAGGAGACAAAGCGCAAGCUCGAGGAGAGGCGCAAGCUCGAAGAGGCCCGGAAGCACAAAGCAGACCAAGAGCGAGAAAGGAAAAGACGAAAGGUAUCGACUGAGCUGGAUGAACCGAAGCUGCCUAGCGCAUCCGGAAGCUCAGCGCAUGCAAGUAGGGUGGGAAAUAAAGGACGCAGCAAGACACCGCUCUCGCCCAUUCCCAAACAGCCGCCGCCCACGGACACACUCUCCACCCGCUACGAUUCCCUCACGAAAUCCUCGAGCAACGCUUCGAUACCCCAGAAAGCGUUGAACAUAAUAGACCUUGGGGACACGGAUGACGAGGAUCCGUGGAAGGCAUCGCCGACUCCCACAAAACCAUGCAUACCCAUUCACACCGCGAAACGGGCGUCUUCCGAAGAAAUCGAAGAGGUGGAAGACCCCUCGCUAGCUAAGCUCAAAGCUCAGGCGCGAGCCAGGGCCGCUGAGAGAGCUGCAAGACAGACCCAGGUGUCUGCAUCCACACCGGCUGCCCGCAAGCCCAAGACUGCAAUCGUGCAGCUGUUCAUCACGUCCGAGAUCCCUGACACAAAGCCUUUGCUUGUCAAGGUUAGGACGGACACUACGAUCGAGAAACCGAAGGAUGCGUGGUGCGCAAAGCAGGGUUUCUCGUCCGAAAAGACGAAGGAUGUCUUCAUGACUUGGAAAGGCAACAGGGUCUACGACACUACGACGAUCCAGCGGCUGGGCGUUCAUGUCGACGCGAAUGGGUGUGUGAGCGUAGACGGGGACACCAACAUCUACGACGACGUCAAUUUGCCCAAGGUACAUCUGGAUGCUUGGACGGAGGAGGUGUACCAGCAAUGGAAGAAGGAGGAGGCAGAAGCAGCCGCAGCGAAGAAGAGAGCAGCCGAGCCUCCACCGCUGGUUAAGGAGCCUUCGCCCGAGCCGGCGCCCGAGCCUCAGGUCAAGAAGAUCCGAGUGAUCAUGAAGACCAAGGGCAGGGAGGACUUCAAGAUCAUCGUCAAGCAGGAAACUGAAUUCGGCCACCUUGCCUCGGUCUUCAAACAGAAUCGCGGCGUCCCGCCUGAGCAGCCCAUUACCCUGAUGUUCGACGGCGACAGGCUCCCUCCUAUGGAUACCAUUGCUGACGCGGAAAUUGAAGACAUGGACUCGAUCGAUGUUCUCUUCAAGUGAGGCAUGGGCUCCACCGUCUCGGCUUUUCUGCCUUCCUUGGGUCCAUUCUCUUCUACGAUUUGACGGCCUCGGUUCGACGGUCGAGAGAUUUUGCUUUUUGUUUCUUCUUAUAUGCGAGCGUGGCGCUGGCGGGGUCAUUACAUUGCAGUCUAUGGAUAACACGUUCUGGUGCAUGGUUUUUGGGAAAUUCUUCAAGGCGCCGAAGUCGAGGAUGCUUCCUGCGAUCACUUUGGGGUCACUUCUAUCUAUAUCAUUUAUCCAUAAGAUUACCCUAGGAACGUCAGGUAUAGGCGUUCCCACUCGUUAAUCACUACCCAGGCAGUUAUGGCCUUGUCCAGGAAAAGAAGCUUAUUUUUGAGCCGCAUGCUAGCUUCCAAGGUUCCUCCUUACCCCACCAAAAAUUUCUCCC